GUCGACUAGUUGAUUUAUACAAGUUUCUGGAACAUGGACGAUCUCACGCCUGCGCUCGAAAGGCUGCGUCUGGCAGAUGCGCCUGCAGGAGGAAUUGAUGCUAUCCUUGACCAGCAACGCCCAAGGAAGCGCACAAGAAGAUCGCCUGACAAGAUCCGCUCAAGUUUGGAGAAGGACUUUCUUGCGCCGUCUACAUCCUUCAGCACACCAUGGCUCGAUCGUCUGCAACAAAGAUGGGACUGUCCGACUAAUUAUGAGGAGCUCUUCGAAUUGGCUCCCACGCAAACUCGCACUAUCAUCAGAUUUACCCGUGAAGGUCUUGAGGGACGUGUCACUGGUUACAAGGAGGUUACCGUCCCUGCAAACAGUGCUACAGCAAAAAACUCUACUUCCAUAUUGAGAAAACCCGCGAAUCGCGCGGACUUCGUGCGUGGUGCUGCUGGUUUCUUCCCCUUCGCUCCUGGCGGUUUGGAUGCAGUUGAAGCCACCGCUGCUGCCGAGGACCAACUUCUGCUCGGCGCCCAGACCAACGGUACUGUUAAGCAAAGUGGUCUGGACAAGGUCAUCAACUUCGGAGCUGACGGUGCGCUACUCGAGCUGCCGCCUGGAUUUACUCGUGGUCUUGAUCUGCAAAAGAAGGCCCCCACGGAUGAGGCUACCGCUCAGGAAGUCGAGAACGUGCUUGAAGAGGAGCCUCAGGAUCCUGUAGCUGCUAAUGGAGAUGUCGCAGAUGAAGUCAAGCUUGCAGACGAGGACGAAGAUGAAGGAGAGGAAGAAGAAUUGGACGCCCUUCUGCCAGUUGAAUUCCCUGCACUAGCUGCCAGAGGUCAGCUAGGUCUUUCAAGUAACAAGAGAACUGGUCACGAAUGGGCUCACAUGGUUGAUGUCAACCGGCCUAUGACCAAUUUUCGAGAUCUGGUUCCAGAGAUGGCUCGUGAGUGGCCUUUCGAGCCCGACACUUUCCAAAAGGAAGCCAUCUACCACUUGGAGAAUGGUGACUCAGUUUUCGUUGCUGCUCACACGUCUGCCGGAAAGACGGUUGUUGCAGAGUACGCUAUCGCACUGGCAGCCAAACAUAUGACCAAGGCCAUCUAUACUUCGCCUAUCAAGGCGCUAAGUAACCAAAAGUUCAGAGACUUCCGUCAAGAGUUUGACGAUGUUGGUAUCCUGACUGGUGAUGUUCAAAUACGGCCAGAAGCAAGCUGUUUGAUCAUGACUACAGAGAUUUUGCGAAGUAUGCUGUACCGCGGCGCCGAUAUUAUCCGCGAUGUUGAGUUCGUCAUCUUCGAUGAAGUCCACUAUGUCAAUGAUCUGGAGAGAGGUGUGGUCUGGGAAGAGGUCAUCAUCAUGUUGCCUGAGCACGUCACACUAAUUCUGCUCUCUGCGACUGUACCGAACACACUCGAGUUUGCUUCUUGGGUCGGCCGCACCAAGAAAAAGAACAUCUACGUCAUCUCCACACCCAAGCGCCCGGUCCCUCUAGAACAUUAUCUCUGGGCUGGUAAGGAGAUGUACAAGAUCGUCAAUUCAGACAAACAAUUCAUCGAGAAGGGCUGGAAGGAUGCGAACGAUGUACUUUCUGGCAAGGAUAAGAUCAAGGCAGCUGAGGAGAAGCAGGAAGCAGCAGCUGCGGCUGCUAGAGGCGGCGGUUCGCAAAGAGGCGGACGUGGUCAGUCACAGCGCGGUGGUCCGCAGAGAGGUGGCGCGCAACGUGGCGGAGCCCAGCAACGUGGACGCGGUGCACCUGCCCAGCGUGCCCAAGGCAACAUUGCCCGUACAGGUCGUGGAGGCGGCAGAACAACAGCUGCUCAAGACCGUAACAUCUGGGUACAUCUGAUUCAGCACUUACGCAAGGAAGAUCUGCUCCCUGCCUGUAUCUUCGUCUUCUCAAAGAAGCGAUGCGAGGAGAACGCCGAGGCUCUGUCAAAUCUGGAUUACUGUACAGCGACCGAGAAGAGUGCAAUUCACAUGAUCUUGGAAAAGUCACUUGCCCGACUCAAGCCUGAGGAUCGCCAACUGCCUCAGAUUCGCCGUCUUCGUGAGCUGCUCAGCAGAGGUAUUGCCGUUCAUCAUGGUGGUAUGUUGCCAAUCGUCAAGGAGUGUGUUGAGAUCUUGUUCGCAAAGACUUUGGUCAAGGUUCUGUUCGCUACCGAAACGUUUGCUAUGGGUUUGAAUUUGCCAACCAGGACCGUCGUAUUCUCUGGUUACCGCAAGCACGACGGCCGUCAGUUUCGUGAUCUGCUACCCGGCGAGUACACACAGAUGGCUGGAAGAGCAGGAAGAAGAGGUCUUGACCCUGUCGGAUCAGUCAUCAUUGUCGCUCCCGGAGCCGACGAAGCGCCACCUGCUGGUCGACUGAGACAGAUGAUGCUGGGAGACCCCACCAAGCUUCGCUCCCAGUUCAGACUCACCUACAACAUGAUUCUGAACCUUUUGCGUGUAGAAGCCCUCAAGAUUGAAGAGAUGAUCAAGCGCAGUUUCAGUGAGAACGCGACCCAGGCCCUGUUGCCCGAGCAUGAACAGAAGGUCAAGCUAUCUGAGGCUGAUCUUGCGAAGAUCAAGAGAGAGCAAUGCGACAUUUGCGACAAGGAUCUCGAAGCUUGUCAUACUGCAGCCAUGAGAUAUCAGCAGCUCACUGCCGAUCUACAUCUUGCUCUCCUCGGCUCGCCGAUCGGCAGAAGAAUGCUGCAUCCGAAGAGACUUGUUGUGUACAAGAGAGAUGGAAUCAGGACUGUGGGUGUACUUCUUCGUGAAGGUGUCUCCAAGGGCAUUUCACCAAGUCUGUCGGUCAUGGAGGUCGUUCCUUCCAAGUCGAAGAGGCAGGAUGCUGAUCUACUGCCAUACCUCCCUCGCUACAGACGCCGUUUCACCCCGCAACCCGCAGAUGCUGAGCAUCUAAAGCUCAGACUUGCAACAGUACCAUACAGUGAACUCGAAUGCUUGACCGCAAGCACUCUGCAGUUUGAUGUCACAGGUGCCUCGAGCAAGAUGCCUGAAGCUAUGGAGCAGCUUAAAGAGCAGCUGCUGGGCGCAUGUUCAAGCUGGACAUCAGCCACUUGGAAUGAAGCCGACUACUCUAGAAUCAAGGAAAUCGGCAUUCGCAACAUCAUCGACGAGCGCAACAAAGCAGCCUACGAUGCACAGGAAGGCAAGGAGAGUAUUCUCUGUGAAAACCUGGACAGGCACUUCGCUAUGAUGCAUGACGAAUGGCUCAUCAAGGAGAACAUCAAUCAAUUGCGGGCCUUGAUGUCGGAUCAAAAUCUGCAGCUGUUGCCCGACUACGAACAGCGUAUCGCGGUACUCAAGGACCUUGGUUUCGUGGACGAAAACUCUCGCGUUGAGCUCAAGGGCAAGGUCGCGUGUGAGAUUCACUCUGCUGAUGAACUCGUGUUAACAGAGUUGGUUCUCGAGAACGUACUUGCCGAUUAUGAGCCAGAGGAGAUCGUAGCGCUACUCUCUGCAUUCGUCUUCCAAGAGAAGACAGAUCAGAUCCCUACCAUGACACCAGCAUUGGAGCGUGGACAGGAGACGAUCAUCAAGAUCUCUGAGAAGGUCAACCACUACCAGACGCUCCAUCAAGUCAUCCUUUCCGCCGAUGACUCUAACGACUUUGUGAGCAGACCUAGAUUCGGACUGGUCGAGGUGAUUUACGAGUGGGCACGUGGUAUGUCGUUCAACCGUAUCACCGACUUGACGGAUGUUAUGGAGGGCACUAUCGUGCGUGUGAUUACACGUCUGGAUGAGACUUGCAGAGAGGUCAAGAAUGCUGCAAGGAUUAUCGGUGAUCCGACGCUGUUCACAAAGAUGCAGACCUGCCAGGAGAUGAUCAAGCGCGACAUCUGUGCUACUGCAUCGCUAUACAUGUAAAGGAAGGGAUAAUGGGAAGAUAGCUUCGGCCUAAUACCACAGACUUUUUCAAUCACCGAUGACUGAUCCCAGAUUGCUGACCGGUGAUGCUGUAGUCGACUUGUGCUUGAUUGUGUGCUUAUGGCGUAGUUGAUUACAGGCGUCUCCAAUUUUCACUCACCACUUUUGUGCAAGUCUCAGUGCUUCCUUCCCGUAUGCAAAAUACUAGACACACCCUCUCUCUCUCUUCCUGAUGAUCAAAGCA